AACAAAAAUAUUAUUAUUGUUAUUGUGCUCAUACGACCGACGACAGUCAGUGAGCGAAAUAAUUAUUUUUAUUAUUCUUUCAAUAUUCAAAUUUACUAUCCGUAUUACUUAUUAAAAUUAAAAACUUAAAGACGGCUUCAACACAUUACGUAACUAGUUAUUAUCAAGACACGAAAAUAAUUUACGAACAAACCAACGAUACUGGUAACUUUUUUAAUAAUAAUUUUAUUUAGAAAUUAAAAGCCAUCAAACGUUUUCUGUGUUAUAAGUUUUAAACGUUUAUUUCCUCUUAGUCAUCAACCAUAUAAGGUAUGCCUUUUAGGCCUUGACGGUCACUUGUUUUAGAAUAUAAAAGAACAUGUCCUUAAACUGGUUCUCGCGUUUUGUUUGUAAAUGUUUUGUUUCCUACCUGUUUUCUUAUUUAUUGUACUAUGUCGAUAAUUUGUACUUCAAUAAUACUUUAUUUUUAAUUAGACAUAAAAAAAUAUUAAGUUAAAUUUUCACUUUUUUAUACGUAAUCGUUUUUAUAAAGGUAUGCGCUUUUUAUGCAUUUUUUUAUAUUUUGUAUGGUAGAACUAUAGUGUACAUUUACUUCAUUGCUUAAAUGUUCUUAAUUUUACAAAACUAUACUAUGUGAUUUUGAAUGUUUUAUUUUUGUGUAGGUAGUAAAUUUUUAUGAUCUUUGGUCAAAAAUCAAUGAGUGAUUCGUUUAUAAUUUUACUAUUUUGAAUUUCUAUGAAUCAUUACACCGUUAUUUCCAUUUGUCUAAUGCAUAAACUGGUAGCUUAAUGACUGUCAUUAUGAUUAAUGUUUUCUAGAGUAUUAUUGUUAUUUUCGUUUCUUUAUUAUUCAUGUUACCUGAUUUAUUACUAUUGUGUAAUGUACUAAACACUAAAAUAUAAUAAUAAUGUUUGAGUUCAAUACAAUUGUGUAGUUGUUGUAGUUUGAAAAGUACCAUCAAUUAACCUAUUUCACUGAGAUUGUUUUGAAAUAUAAAUAUUCCGUUGAUACAACCAGUAGUUAUUCAUUCAUUUUACAUAUCGGAUCAGUUACUUGGAAUCUUAUAUCUUUAUUGCAGCUAAUAUUAAAUCUUAUUAAACUUAUUUGAAAUGAGUUCAGAAAAUAACGAUCAAGAUGGUCAAUCAACACCCAACAGACCUAUUCCUGGAGCUCGUCAAGAUAUGUAAUAUUAUUAUUUAAACCAUUGUUUGUUAUUAUACGUCUUUCAUUAUUAUUUAUUUUUUAUUUUUUUGAUCAUUAGGUUAAACAAUAUAACAGCUGCAUCACCUCCAAAAUUCCUAUCAUUACCCGAAAUCAUGGUAGCAGCUAAAAAACUAGAAGAUAUCGCUCUCGUUCACGAAAUAGCAGUCAAUGAAAAUUUCAAAUUGGAACCACAAGAACCACCAGAUAACAGGUGAGGUUAGUAAUUAAAUAAAAUAUAAUUCAGGUAUAUUAAUUAUUAUAAAUUAUUUUGUUCCAUUUUACAAGUCUAAUGAAACAAGUUAAAGACACAAUGCACAAAGCAUUUUGGGAAAUAUUACACCAACAAUUGAACAAUGAUCCUCCUGAAUAUUCUCAAGCUAUGAUACUAUUAACGGAAAUCCGUGAGGUACUUAUGUUUAAUCCGUUUUUAGAUUCCAAGCGUGGCAAGGGAGCUACUGGUCUUACUAAGAUGUUUAUUUUUCUCCUUUCUUCUAGUCUGUGGACACGUUUUUUUUCUAGUAAACUUACUCCGAUAUUUAUGUGUAGCAACUUUUCUGAUAGUUCAAGUUGUCUAAAUGGUACUUUAGAGAAACCAUUUUUUGAAUGAAACUACUUAAGUAGAAAAAACUUGGGAAAACGUAUAAUUUCACGGUCUCAUUAUUUUAUAAAAACAUGGAUGAUGUUUUCUACUAAAAUAAAUGAUUUAAUCGAAAAAUGACAAGAUACCUUUUUUGUUGCCUCUUUGAUUUACUUUCUUACAAUAUCAUUGCCAAAACUUUUGAGCUUUAAGGAAUUUUAAUUUUUGGGAGUUUUUUGGCUGUAAUUCAGUUAUAAAUGCACAUUAAGACUUGAAACUUGGUAUUAAUACUUAUAUUAGACUUACCUAGACGUGGUAAAAUUUUUAAAAUCAUCAGAACUUUUUUUUUUUUAAUAAGUGUUUUGAAAUCAAGUUUAAAUGAAAAUCGCAAAAAAAUUACGGCACUUCAAAUUAUGUAUUACCAAACUGCGCUUGGAAUUUUCUUUCGUCAAGCAAUGGUUUAUUGUUGCUUACAAAUAUAAAUGAAAUAACCUUAUGUAUCCUACCUUCCCAACUUCUCACCUACAACAGUGGCCGCUCCCAUCCUCAGUAUCAGCUCUUUUUUUACCUUUUCAAUUAAUAUUAAUGUUACGACUAUGUUCCUAUAGCUACUUUUUCUUCAAAUUUAUUCAUAAUGUGAGAAUUAAACUAUUGUUAUUGUUACAGAGUUUAUCGAGUUUAUUGCUGGAUCAGCAUACUAAGUUAAAAGAAGAAAUUCACCAAGUUUUAGAUUUAGAGAUCAUACAGAAUCAAAUAGACAACAAUUGUUUAGAUUUUGAGGUAACAAAUAACUAUCAAUUAUUCAAUCAAUAUUGAUCUAGUAAAGAAUAUUAGUAUAUUUUUAUUUUUUUUUCAUACAGUAUUACACACAAUUUAUACUAAACUUGAUGAAAAAAAUAUGCGCUCCAGUAAGAGACGAUUCAAUAAAAAAUUUAACACUUCUUAAAAAUCCUGUUGACAUAUUCAAAGGAAUUAUAGAGGUAAUGUAUUGUAUAAUAUUUGUUUGUCUCAUCCAUAUAUCGUUAUUGUCAGUAUGAAAUGAACAACAUUUGUAUCCAUUUAACAAAGUGGUUUCUCCACUUAGCGUUAUUAAUUAUUGUACAAUGUGAACAAUAUUUUGUGUAAUGUAUACAUAAUUGAACUUGUUCCGUCAUUUAGAUGUCCAUAUUGGAAUACAAUAAACUACUUUUCACAAUUAUAUUGUUAUUAUUAUUGGUACUAAAAAAAAAAAAAAAACAAUUUUUAAAUUUUUAUUUUUAUGAUUUUACAAUUACUUUAAAAAAUUGCUUAAAAAAAAUUCUUAUAAUUAUUUAUUUAAAAAAAUGUAUAAAUAAUAUCAAUGAUUAUUACAAAGUUUAAAAAAUAAUAUACCUGUCUGAUUUUUUUAUUUCUAAUAGUAAACAUAUUUAAAGCUUAUUAGUUACAUUUUGGACAAAAAAAAAAAAUUGUAUUAUUAUUGAAAAACAUUAUUUAUUUAAUUUGGCUUAUAUUAAAUCUCAAAUCACAGUAUUAAUAUCAUUGGAGCUGUGUAGUUUUUUUCCAAGUUUAUUAAGAUAAUAUAAAUCAAAUUUUUUUUAUAAAAAUGCUUUUUUAGUCAAACAUUUUUAUUGGAAUGUAUAAAAAUAACUAAAAUAACGUAGGACAUACUUCAAUAUUUUCUUUAAUAAUAAUAAUACGAGUAGAUCAUCAAAUUUAUUAAAUUAUGAAAACGUAGGGAUUAUUAUUUCAUUGUAUGAACAGCCAAAUGACAAAACAAAUUUUGUUGUGUUUAGUUAAGGUAUCCAUUUCAAAAAAAUGUUAUCCAAAGAGGAGAAAUCACACUUCCAUAUCAUAAAAUAGAUGCAAAUGGUGUCCAUUUUGCAAAACAAAUAAUAACACUAUAUAGAUGUAAUAUAAUAUAAACUAAAACUUAAUGUGUACAUACUAUUUUGAUAUAAUAUGUUAUUUUGCCAUCGGGACUUUUUUUUAUUUACGAUUUUAGGUCAUUUAUGCCCGGUUGCACAAAACUUUAUUGAGUCAAUAAGUAGUUAUUAAAUUAAAUUAUGUCAUUAAAUCAAUGUAAAUUAAAAGAUGUUGAACAAACCUUCAUACCUUAUUGAGUUUAUAUUAUAUCGGUCAUAAGUGACUAUUGGUUCAAUAGUUUAUAGGCUUAAAUUUUGCCCAAUAAGUUAUAUUGGUUUGAUAAUAUGCAAUUUAUCAAAGUAAAGACUUAAUAUAAUAAUAUAUAUUUUAUUGUAACCAAACAUAUAUAUAAUGAGCAUAUUCUUUUACAUAUAAAGUUACUAAACCCCUGUAAACUAAUGCUUAAUUUGGGGUUAAGAGUUCAAUAAUUUCUUUAAGUGUUUAGGAUAUAAGAUUUGCUACAUAAAAAAUUAAAUACUAGAUAAAAGUUACAGAUUUGAUAAAAAUAAGGGAUUUUUUAUUUGACCAAGUACUUAAAUUGUUUAUUAUAAUUUAAUUAUAAUGAACGUAAUUGAGUUUUCUUCAUUUGAGUUCAUAAUUGAUGUAUUAGAAAUUCUACCAAAACAGCGUACAUAUCGAAUAAGGUAUGAUCCUUUGAUGAUGGAAUAUGAUGAUUCUGUAAAUAAUUAUAUAAAUAAUUUUAUUUUGCUAAAAUAAUUAAUAGCUAGUAGUAUAUUACUUACACAACGGGUCAUAAAUUUAGUAAAUAUGAUUGCAAUUAUUUCAUAAGUGAUGAUUUUUCAUUUUCAUUGACAUUUUUUCCUCUUUUCCGUUUAGUAAAUUUAUUAUUAAUUUCAGUUAUUGUGCCAAAAAUUAUAAUUUAAUAAUAAAUAUAUGAAUAAAUUAACAACUUACCUACAAAUUAAUUUAAUUUUAUCAAUUAUCUGUUAUCAACCACGACUUUAAAUUAUUAAACCAUUAUAUAGUAUGUGGAUAAAUAUAUAUAUCUUAUAAUAAUAUUUUGUGCAAAACUUUAAUAUUUAUCCAUCAUUAUUUACUUUAUGUUUAUAAAACCAAUAAAACUUUUAGUGUCAAUAAAUUAUCAAACUAAUAAAAUAUUUAUAGAACAUUUUUUUGUGCAACCAGGCAUUAGUUUUAUUUAUAAUAAUGGUAAUAUAGCAGGCUGAAUAGGAACACUAAACAUAUUCUUUAUUUUUUCGUGUUUAAUAUUUUUACAUAAUUUAAUUUAUUCAUGUUGCAGAUUAAAAUAAAUUAAAUUUUAUUAAUAACAGACUUAUAAAAUAAGGUACUAGUUUUACUAUUUUAGAUUUAUUUGCAUAAUAUUUAUUAAAGUUGGACACAAAUACAAAAAUUACAUACAAAUUUAACUAUUCAACUAUUUUUCUGACAUAAAUUUAUUGUUAUUAUUAUUAUUAUUUCUGUAUUUGGGCUUCUAAAUAUAAAUACAUUUUAUUUAUUUAUUAUUUUAAACUUUGAAAAAUAAAAAACAAUUAUAACAUAAUAUAGCUAUAGAGAUAAUUGUUAUGGUAGAAGACCUAUCAUAGAUGUUUGUAUUAUUUUUCAGUAUAAAGUAUAUAAUUUUAAAAUAUCGGGCUAUGCACAUUACAUAAUAUUUGGUUGUAUAUAAAAACGUAGAAGCCAAAUCUUACUCAAUACCAAUUUUGGAGAUUGUUUUGAAAUCAUGUAAGCCAAAUUUUAGUAUAAUUAAUCACUAAAUAUAUUAUAAUUGUUGUGUCUACUGUUUGAUAAAUAAAAAGACAUUAACAUAAAACACAUUUUUAAAAACCUAAAUUAUUAUUAAAUGGUUUUAUUUUAAUUGGUAGUUGAUUUAUAAAAUUACUAAAGUAAGCUUUCAUUACCUAUUUCAAUAAUUUUAUAAAUUUAAAUGCAUUUAAGUAAUUUGUGGAUCUCGAUAUUUGAGAAUUCUCACAGUACGUUACUGUAGUAUGUAUUUUAAAGAUUAUUAUAAACUAUAUUAUUAAGGUACCUUGUCUCCAAAAUUUGUUUUCUUUAUCCAUGUCACACAUUUUAUAGGAUCAAUAGCAUUACAAAUUUCCAUGUAUAGAUUUGACUCUGAUUGAAUUUAGAGCAAAGGAACAUAUUAUAUAUUUUUUAAAGAAAAAUAUUAAAUAUUGAUUCUAUGAAUGGUUUUUUAAUAUUUUCAUUUUUUAUUAAGAAACUAAAAUAUUAAAAACCUCAUUAGUAGAGUCUAUACCUUUUACUCUAAACUCAACCAAAGAGUUAUUAUUAUGGAAAUAUGAAAUGCCUUUAUUUCUAUAUUACACGAAAGACAGACAGAGAAAAUAAAUGUUAGUGUUGAGGCCCCUUAGGUUAUUUCUGUUAUUCAGAGGAGAUUGUCUAUAGAUUUUCCAUUUCCAUACUGCAUGACUGCUAUAAUUAAAAUCAGCGAUAAGAAUAUAUUUAUUAUACCUAAUAAUAAGUAGUAUACAAAUAUUAGUUAUUAAAUUUAAUUGUAUGCUUGCUAGUUUCUUGGCUACUAUCAUAUUUUUUUCUAAAAAAAAAUGUAUGAAUUACUUUAUUGAAAAUGUGUUUACAGACCUUGGGUUUAAUGAAACUUGACAUGGCUAAUUUUACAAUCACUGCUCAACGACGAGCACUGAAUGCUUGUAGUGCUGAUUAUGAACGAGAAAAAUUUGCUGAGUAUUUAAAAGUGAAACCAGGUAAAUACUGUUUAAUGAUAAUAAUGUAAUACAAUUAUUACAACUAAUUAUAAAUAUAUUUGAUUUUUUAAAUUGUAAACAGAUGCCCUUAACUUGACUACGGAAUGGCUAAAACGCCAUGUAAAUUUCGAAAAAACUUCAGAAUCUUAUAGUAAUAUAAUUGCAAGAGCUUAUAUGGAAAUAUUUGAUUGGGAUGAAAAUGUUAUAUUCCCAGAAGUAAUUACUUUACAAAUUAGUAUUACUUCAUGGUAUUGUAAUGUCGAAAAAAAAAUAUUUUUCAGGCUUUAUCAUUAGACAAAGAUAGAUACUUGGCAACAAAUAAAAUGCUAAAUAUUUUGAUAAUCGCUGCAUCAGCAUUUAUUGUAACAAUAUCAUCGAUCAGUAACACUAUUCCUAAUGAUAUAGAGUUUAAAAAACUGUUAAAAGAUCAUAUUUUACUAAUACUCAAAGAUAAUGAUUCUAGCAAGUCUGUAUUAUGUAAUCUAAUAUGUAAUGUACCUUAAGUGUUACAUUAAUUGUUUAUUUUAUUUGUAGAGAUAGUUUGUCAUUAUUACCAAAUGUUGUGGAACAAGCUAUUAAAGACUCUAACGAAUACUUAUUAUCAAAAAAUAGUCCACCUCUUUCCCAAGAUGUGAUUUCUUUACUGGAGACUCAAGUUUUAUUAAUUAAAGAACCUGAUCAUAAAAUAAAAAUACUAGUUGGUAAUGACAUUAAAUUCUAUAACAAAAUCCAAAUUAGGUAAAAAUAAUUAUCUCUUUUUAUUAAAUCUGGUUAUUAUUUAAGAAAGGAGAUUUAAGGAGUUCAUUGCAGCUGUCAUCAGUUCUAACAAUGCAGUUCCUCAACAGUGCCCGCUCGGUUUGUCAGCAUUCAAAGAUAUAUUGGCAGCGGUUACUGGCAGUUUUUUGCACCUCAUCACAUAUAACAGAAAAGUAUUUUCUGUGUUUUAUGAAGAAAUAUUGAAAAGUCUUCUGGGUCAAUAUCAAUGUAGUUCACUUUGAUUGUCUUGUUAAUUAAGAUUAUUUACUAAAUUUAAUAAUAGAUUUUAUUUCAUCUUUUACUAACAUUUUAACUAAUAAUUUUGUUUAAUUAUUUAAUUUUUUAUUGACCAUUAACUGUGUACCAAUUACAACAAUAUCAGCAUUUUAACUGAAAGUGAGUUAUAUAAUUUAAUACGUAUUUUCCCUGUGAGAAGGGGUCAGAAUACACCCACAGUACCUUUACCUAUCGUUAAUGAGGUUGCGCCAAAUUGACAGCUGGUAUAAAACAGUAUAAGGCAUUCUAAACAAGACUUUAGCAGAUUAUCCGAUCUUGGAUGUGCACAAGGACAACAGUUGAGAGAGGUAUCAUGGUGUAUAAUAUUUUGCAAAUAAUAUGACAAAGUAUAAGUUUGGAUAAACAAGAUAAGACAGCUUACAGUAAUAAGCAGUUAUAGUUGAGGUUGAUAGUUUUAAGUAAACAUGGUCUUUUAUACAAAAUAAUGAUGGCGUUCAUGAGCAUGUGAAACAAAAAAUUACAUAUAAAAUGUUUAUGUAAAAUGUAAAAUGUUGGAUAAAAUAAAGAAGAGCUAGGUGUUUUGUAUUUCUGUGAAAAUAAAAGUAGAAGGAAAUUGGUGAAAAGGAAAACUGAAAGAGAUAGUUUGAUACAAUUGAGAAAGAUAUGAGGACAUCCAGUGUAUGUGAGAUGAGAAAUCUGAUUGAAUAAAAGUUUAGAACGAGGCUAGCCAAGCUCAAAUAGUUGAGAUGAAGACGAAGAAGAAGAAAUUAAUAUAUUACCUAUGUAUAUUUAUUAUUUAUUAUAAACCUGUCAAAUUGUCUAACAAUUAAUAAAAAAUGAUUUUUGCAAGUAUAAAACGUUACUGUACCUUACCACUUAUAUUCAACAACAUAUAAAACUUAAAUUAUUAAAUAGUGUUUAUUUUGAAUUUUCAUUUCGCAUUAAUUGAAUUUAUAUUUUUAUUUAGUAUACAAAAAUAAUAGACUCUAAAUGAGCAGAGCGGAAUAAACUUUAUUCUCAUUCUGAAAGAGGUUAAAAUUCUAUGACGAUCCUAAACAAGAACAGUGAUUUUGUCAUUGAUCACUAAUACAAUUUUCCACAAAAUGAACUAUUUUGUAAUAUUAUUA